GCCAUUAUCGGCCGCGCCGGAAAUCCCUACCGAGGAAAGCCUUGAGGAUAAUCUGUUCAGAAGCUCACGGUGAAUAUAGUGUUCCACAGACUCGGAAGAAAGGUUGAACAAGGGUUCACUGGCGAUUGAUAAGUACUCGGGGUAGUGAAAAGCAGGAGUUGGAACAUGGAUAGCCGCUUGCAGGAGAUCCGGGAGCGGCAGAAGUUACGGCGACAGCUCCUCGCGCAGCAGUUGGGAGCUGAAAGUGCCGACAGCAUUGGUGCCGUGUUAAAUAGCAAAGAUGAGCAGAGAGAAAUUGCUGAAACAAGAGAGACUUGCAGGGCUUCCUAUGAUACUUCUGCUCCAAAUACGAAACGUAAGUAUCUGGAUGAAGGAGAGACAGAUGAAGACAAAAUGGAAGAAUAUAAGGAUGAACUAGAAAUGCAACAGGAGGAAGAAAAUUUGCCAUAUGAAGAAGAGAUUUACAAAGAUUCUAGUACUUUUCUUAAGGGGACACAGAGCUUAAAUCCCCAUAAUGAUUACUGUCAACAUUUUGUAGACACUGGACAUAGACCUCAGAAUUUCAUCAGGGAUGUAGGUUUAGCUGACAGAUUUGAAGAAUAUCCUAAACUGAGGGAGCUCAUCAGGCUAAAGGAUGAGUUAAUAGCUAAAUCUAACACUCCUCCUAUGUACUUACAAGCCGAUAUAGAAGCCUUUGACAUCAGAGAACUAACACCCAAAUUUGAUGUGAUUCUUCUGGAACCCCCUUUAGAAGAAUAUUACAGAGAAACUGGCAUCACUGCUAAUGAAAAGUGCUGGACUUGGGAUGACAUUAUGAAGUUAGAAAUUGAUGAGAUUGCAGCACCUCGAUCAUUUAUUUUUCUCUGGUGUGGUUCUGGGGAGGGGCUGGACCUUGGAAGAGUGUGUUUACGAAAAUGGGGUUACAGAAGAUGUGAAGAUAUUUGUUGGAUUAAAACCAAUAAAAACAAUCCUGGGAAGACUAAGACUUUAGAUCCAAAGGCUGUCUUUCAGAGAACAAAGGAACACUGCCUCAUGGGGAUCAAAGGAACUGUGAAGCGUAGCACAGAUGGGGACUUCAUUCAUGCUAAUGUUGACAUUGAUUUAAUUAUCACAGAAGAACCUGAAAUUGGCAAUAUAGAAAAACCUGUAGAAAUUUUUCAUAUAAUUGAGCAUUUUUGUCUUGGUAGAAGACGCCUUCAUCUAUUUGGAAGAGAUAGUACAAUUCGACCAGGCUGGCUCACAGUUGGACCAACACUUACAAAUAGCAACUACAAUGCGGAAACAUAUGCAUCCUAUUUCAGUGCUCCUAAUUCCUACUUGACUGGUUGUACAGAAGAAAUUGAGAGACUUCGACCAAAAUCACCUCCUCCCAAAUCUAAAUCUGACCGAGGAGGUGGAGCUCCCAGAGGUGGAGGAAGAGGUGGAACUUCUGCUGGCCGUGGACGAGAAAGAAAUCGAUCUAACUUCCGAGGAGAAAGAGGUGGCUUUAGAGGGGGCCGUGGAGGAGCACACAGAGGUGGCUUUCCACCCAGAUAAUUGUUGAAGACAUUGAACCUAUUCAUUCUCCUCUAACCUUCUUUAUUGUAAUUAAAUUUCAAGUGGGAGACUUAACUUUAGAACUCACUUCCAGCUUGCACUUUGCUUUAAUUUCUCUGAGCUGCAGGAAUGUCUUAGCCAGCCUCACUUGCAGUUGUUGCAAACACUGUCUAGUUUUUUUUCAGGAUGAAUGAAUAAUCCUGCCUUUUGUUAUGUGCAUGAACAGAAUGGAACAAUUCAAGUAGCUUCAUCUUCAGAGACUGAAUUUAUUCUGAUAGACUUCAACUAAUUACAAAGGAUUUUGCUAAUUUUGGGGAAUAAAUAAUGGAAAAAGAUCCAGUCUGUGGUAUCAUGCUAGUGCUGACAGGAGUUGGUAAUGCACAUCCUGUCACUGCUGCUAUAGCAAAUGGGGAGCUGUUUGGGGCCUUGAUAGAAUAGGGUUGGAACAGAUGGUAAGCUUCUGUCAGGGUUUUAACAUUUUCUUGAUGAAACAAUAAAAAGAGGUGAGCUUUUUUCUUCUUUUUUUUUGAGUUUUAAAUAAACUCAGAUAUAAUUUGAAUACUGAAGAAAUUAAGAGACUUUGAACAAAAUCACAUCUUCUCAAAUUUAAAUCUGAUAGGGGAGGUGGAGAUUCCAGGGAUGGGUGAAAGAAGAGAUGGAACUUAGUAGGCAGACUUUAAAAAAAAAGUUCAUCAUCGUAAUCUCAAUUUUGUGGCUACGACUCCUAAUCAUGCUUCCUAAGAAGCAAAGGAGGACAAAUAUUCAUGUGCUAGAUAGCACUCUGGUGUGGACUUGAACUGGGAUUGACCUUAAAUUUUAUAUUCCUCAAAUAAAAGAGAGGCAACAACAAGGCGCCUCAUUAUCAGAUGCUUGGUUUAAACAUUUUGGGACUAAAAUACUUGGUGAUGAAAUGACAUACACCUUUAAACUUCUUAUGGAGAUAGUUUAAUGUAAAACCAACUGUAGAAAACCCUCAACUUAAGGAUACAGCUUGGAAAUUGGAACUGCUAUUGCCGUUUAUUAAAACCAUAUGGUGUGAUGUUUGUUUUUAAAAUUAUAUAAGACUUUAUGCUGUCACUUCUCUUGCUAUACUGUAAUUCAUGUUUUAAAUGAAUUUGAUAAUGAAAUUAUACUAUUAUUCUUGAUGAAUACUUUUCUUAUUUUUAUGAUUUUUCUAAUGAAACUUUGAACUUUUGAGAUUUGAGUCUGUUUUCUAUAAGUAGAAUUACUGUUGUUACCAACUGAAAAAGGACUGACCUAA